AGGCUUAGGUGAUUGUUGGAUGUUGUAGUUGUAGUUGUAAAUAGUCAGCUAUGGAAUUCAAAGUUGAAAUUAAAGAUGAGCCAAUUGAAUAUAACCAAAAAGAUAAUAUAGAGAGUCAGCUGUCCACAUCUAUAAUAGAUCUGGAACACUUCAAAAAUGAAUCAGAAGCUAACUUUGAAAUGGGUGAAGCUAGAGUGAAGGAAGAGCGUGCUGAUGGUAGUCAAGGAUAUAAUAUAGAGAGCCAGCUGUCUACAUUCCCAGAUCCUGAAGACUUGAUUAAUGAGUCAGAUGAAGAUAACUCAGGUUUUUCCCAGAAUGGAAGGGAAAUCAUGGAAACUGAAGUUGCAGGCACCACAGAACAAAAAAAAGGCGCAAGCACUCCAGAAACAACAUUAAAAAAUUCUAUUUGUAAAUGUAAAAUUUGUUUUAAGCAAUUUAACAAAGCAGGUUUUUUGGAACGUCAUAUAAAGACGCACACUGCAGAAAAGAUUUACAAGUGCGAAAUUUGUUUUAAGCAGUUUACUCGAGCCAGUAAUUUGAAAUCACAUUUGAUGACGCACACUGGGAAAAAACCUCACAAAUGUGAAAUUUGUUUUAAGCAGUUUAUUCAUGCAAAUGAUUUGAAAACACAUUUGAGAGUGCACACUGGAGAAAAACCUCACAAGUGUGAAAUUUGUUUUAAGCAGUUUACUCGAGCCAGACAGUUGAAAUUACAUUUGAUGACGCACACUGGGGAAAAACCUCACAAAUGUGAAAUUUGUUUUAAGCAGUUUAUUCAUGCAAAUGAUUUGAAAACACAUUUGAGAGUGCACACUGGAGAAAAACUUCACAAGUGUGAAAUUUGUUUUAAGCAGUUUACUCGAGCCAGACAGUUGAAAUUACAUUUGAUGACGCACACUGGGGAAAAACCUCACAAAUGUGAAAUUUGUUUUAAGCAGUUUAUUCAUCCAAAUGAUUUGAAAAAACAUUUGAGAGUGCACACUGGAGAAACACCAUACAAGUGUGAAAUUUGUUUUAAACAGUUUAGUCAAACAAGUAAUUUGAAAUCACAUUUGAUGAAGCACACUGGUGAAAAACCUCACAAAUGUGAAAUUUGUUUUAAGCAAUUUAUUCAUGCAAAUGAUUUGAAAACACAUUUGAGAGUGCACACUGGAGAAAAACCUCACAAGUGUGAAAUUUGUUUAAAGCAGUUUACUCAAGUCAGUACUUUGAAAUCACAUUUGAUGACGCACACUGGUGAAAAACCUCACAAAUGUGAAAUUUGUUUUAAGCAGUUUAUUCAUGCAAAUAAUUUGAAAAAACAUUUGAGAGUGCACACUGGAGAAACACCGUACAAGUGUGAAAUUUGUUUUAAACAGUUUAGUCGAACAAGUUAUUUGAAAAAACAUUUGAGAGUGCACACUGGAGAAAAACCUCACAAGUGUGGAAUUUGUUUUAAACAGUUUACUCAAGCCUUUACAUUGAAAUCACAUUUGAUGACGCACACUGGUGAAAAACCUCACAAAUGUAAAAUUUGUUUAAAGCAGUUUAUUCGAGCAAAUGCUUUGAAAACACAUUUGAGAGUGCACACUGGAGACAAGCCUUACAACUGUGAAAUUUGUUUUAAACUGUUCAAACAUAAAAGUUCUUUGGAUAAACAUACGAGAGUUCACAACAGGGCCGGAUUUACAUGUUGAACCCGACUAGGCACUCAUAUUUCUGGCGCCCCACGCCUUGAUCAUCUCCCCCCCCCCCCCCACCCCCUAAUAACCAACCAACUUUUGUCUUUCGCUGCUGAUUUUUUUAAAACCCUAUAAAUAACUUAUAGAUAAUAAAAAGACGGAGAAAAUUCUCGGAUCCUUUUAAAACUUCAGAUUCAGUGUUGCCGCAUUCAUCAUGAGGUUCUUUUCCUUUUUCUUUCUUGUUCUGAUUUGUACUCAGUCAAACCAGACUUUUCUUUUGCCAAAGUUUCUAAUCGCCAAAAAUAAUUUCUAAGCUCUACCAAAAAACCAGCCAACGACUGGUAAUUUCCCUUUACUUUACUUAAAGUUGUAGUUUCGUACUGAAGCUUAGUACUGACUUUUUGGAAUCGUUCUGAAACGAUACUCCAAAAUAUGGACAAAAAUGCUCUCUCUAGUGAUUCAAAUCAUUCUCUAUUAGUUUAAAAGUUUCUAUAAUUACCGACCAAUCUUCUUUCAGAGCUCGACAAGCAUCGUUUCUUGCUGACCAAUGUGUUUUAGAUAGGCUUUGAAGUACCACAGAGCAUUUGUGGUUCAAAUAAAGCUCCCAUCGAUGUGUUGAACUUGUGAAAAAAUUGUACAGUUCUUGAAGUAGACCAAAAAAAGAAACAGCAACCACACAUGAACUAAUGGCCACAGAUCCUACCAGAUUUAAGGAAUGAGCGGCACAUGGGACAUACUUAGCCUGAGGACAUAGUUUUUUUUUAUUCUGGCUUGAAGACCUGAGUAUAUCCCUGCCAUAUUACUGGCAUUGUCAUAUGACUGACCACGGCAUUUUGUGAUAUCAAAAUCGAGUUUAUCAAAAACAUCGAUAAUACUUAGUAUUUACUAUCUCUUUCAGCUUUGUGUCUGACGUUAGGCAAAAAACACAAAAAGCGUUCUACGGGUAUGCCAUCCCUAGUUAUAUACCUUAGUACCAACGUUAAUUGGUCAAAAUGAGAUAUGUCUGGAGUGGAGUCUAUCACAAUCCCAAAAUAUUUUACUUCCUUAGCCUCAUUAAAUAUUUGUUUUCGAACAUUUUCAGUCAUAAGAAGGAUCACUUCUUCAUAUGUUGACUUGGAAAUGUAUGAAGUUGUAAAACUGAACCUCCAUCGCCAUAUAUACUUUCAAAUGCUUUGCUAGAAAGGGGUCAAACUCGGAUAAAAAUUGGAUUAAACCUAAAAAGUUGCCUUGAUCAAACAAUCCUAAAUGCUCAUGGCUACCACGAAAAGCUAAUCCUUUUGUGGAUAGAAAUUUUACAGCGGCAAACAACACGUUUAAAAACAUUCCUCCAGUAUUCAGUUUCCUUAUUUAACUGAUCAGAAAGACUUGAACUAACAUGUCCUUUCAUUUGACCUCUCAAUUUUAAUGUUCUCUGGUGUGACUUAUGAGAAGGAGAAUUUUCGUUAUCUACCACUCUUUGUGAAACAUUUUUCCAAUCAUUAAAACCGGUUGUAAAUGCAUUUGCGUUAGCAGGGCAACUGAACAAUAUGCAUGGUACACAAAACACAGACCCUUUUUUCUGAGAAAAUGACAUCCAAUUUCUAUUUAUUAUAGAGAACGGCAGUUCUCAACAGUGGCGCACAACACCCCUACAAGCGACACUACAUAUAUAUACACGAAAUUUUCGAUUUUCUAAACCUGACUGAAUUGAAAAUUGGGCCACAUCCCAUCUUAAAGUAUAGGAAAAAACUCGUCCAUCCAUAUGCUACAUCUCCAUUUUGGUCCAAGGGUGUGGAUUUUACGGCCCUUCCCAUUUAGAGUCUGUUUUUCGUUUUCGUCCCCAAAACUCCCAAAAAUUUCAAAAACUUAAGCCCGACCUUUGCGGCUUCUGAUAGCACAGAUCAUUACCUUUCCAACGCAUGUUUAAUUUUAAAAAUCGGUUAUACCAUUCAAAAGUUAUCGAGCUCAGAAGUAUGACUCAAUUUUUAUUUAAAAAAGGGAAAAUGUUUGUAUGUAUGUAGGGUUAAGGAUCCUAUUAUGAGACCCGUUCCUAAUAUGAGACCCGAGUCUUGUAAGUGCUGCAGCCUGGUGACUGGGGUAAAAACUUAGCUAUGGUAGUGUUUCUAGUAGGCUGUGAACAAAUCGAGGGUCUGUGAUUUAGUAUUACCAGUCAGUGAAGUUUUUAAGUUUUUUGCGAGUCAAAAGUUUUUUAAUCGGUGUAGCUCAAACUGAAUUUUUAUUUUUAAGGUGAGAGAAAAAUCACCUUAGUAAUUAGUUGAUAGCUACUUAAAUUGGUUACAGAAACACGCAAUUAUAGUGGCGUAAAAACCAAUCCUAAACUUAAAAUAUGGACUAAAAAGUUCACACGUGGUUGCUCCUAAUAUGAGACCCUCAAGUGUGCCUAAUAUGAGAUAGGGUACUGUAAUGUUUUGAGUAUAGCAUCAUGUAUUUUUACUUUUUUAUUGGGAAAUAAGCCACAAUUUAAGUUAAAAAGCAAAUUUAUUGACGUUUAUACUUCCAAUUUCUAUUUUUAACUUAAAUUGUGGCUUAUUUUCCAAUAAAAUAGUAAAUUGCAUAAUAUACCACAAACAAACAGCUUCAGAACAAUAGAAUCAUGUCUACAGCAUGUAAUACAGUUUAUAUCCAGAACAAUGUGUUAAAAUAAUUUGUAUCACCUUUUUAACAUGUAUAACGUGGUGUCUCAUAUUAGGAUACCACAUGGUCUCGUAUUAAGACACCUUUUUUUAAAUUGGGAAUUUUGACAUUUUGAAUAAAUUAAUUUAUUGUUAAAAAAUGUUAGUUUAAAAUUAAUUUUGAACCUGUUGCAAUAUAAUAGCAUAAUUAUCUGACACGUAUUGAAUUUAAGACUUCUUGAAUCCAUAAACUGUACGAUUACCAAGAGUUUUAAAAAAAGGGUCUCAUAUUCGGAUCCUUUACCCUAUGUGUGUGGAAAAGUUACACCGAUCUGAAUUUUUUUUCUGUGUUUCAAUAGGGUGUGAGGGCCGAUUCAGAACCGGUCUAAUUUUUGACUUCUGACUACCCGUAAGCCAGCUAGAGGACUAGGUAGAUACAAAAUAGCAUAUUUUUUGGGCGUAUAUAUCUUAGGUUCAAGGAGAGACAGGAAAACCGCAAAUACACCAAAUCAAUAGGGUUGAGUUAAGCUUUCAAAUGGUGCUUAAGCGAUCAACCUGAGACAUACACACUGCUCACCAUAGCCGAAAAACUGAAAAAUUAAACUUUGAAAAUUUUGGUUUUUCGACAAUUACUCAAAAUUUCAACCUACGAAUUGCGCCAAUAACUGAGCAUUUGUAGGAGGACUCAGGACGCGUCCAACGGUGUAUACCUCAUAUCUGGGAAAAUUCGACUUUUUUAGUUAUAGGCUUCAUAAGUAUGAUCAAAUCUAUUUCUUAUGGGAAAAACCGUUUUUCAAGCUCAAUAAUUCCUGUAAUACGUUCAGUUAUCAUACUUGAUCUUGGAUGCAUCAGAUACUACUUGUCAAUACGUUUUAAACUCAUGUUUAGUGAUCAACAUGAGUUUAGCCGUUCAGAAGUUAUAGAGCUCCAAAAGUAUAAUUAGUCCAGGAACUGAAACUUUUCACUUCGCAAUUUUUACAGAAUGGACCGAUUCGCUUGAAAAUUUGACAAUAAGUAGUGGAUAGUCCAAGGAUCAAAAUCUAUAUGAUGGCGAAAGAAGCUUUUACCAUGGGGAGGUUGCCACCCCAUCUCGAGGGUGGAAAUUUUUUAUUAUAUUUUGACCGCAAAUGUUGGUAAAAACAUUAAUUUUAAGCAAAAAAUGUUUUAUAUUUUUUUGAUAAAAUUAAUAGUUUUCGAUUUAUUGGUUAUCGAAACUUAGUUUAUAUCGAAAAAAUCAAUGUUAUUAAUCAAUCAUGGUUUAUGUACUUGUAGUGGUUACGAUGCUAAGUUUGAUUGGGCAAUCCGAGUUCAUUUGCCGGCCAUAAUUACAUAAUUAUUAGGAUGGCUGGGAUAUGAACUCGGAUUGUCUUAUCACUUGUGUCGUAAGUACUAGAUCAUUUGGGAGAGAAUGCGACCAAGGCGACCCCAGAAAACGGCAAUUCUCGCUAGUGGCGCACAACCCCUCUACAUGCGACACUAUAUAUACACGAAAUUUUCGAUUUUCUAAAUCUGACUGAAUUAAAAAAUUAAAAUAUUGAAUGGGUUGCAUAUGUGAGUCCAUAUUAAAUAUAGUAAUGAAACACAGACUUACUCACAAUCAUUUAAUUAUACUUUGACGACCGGUUUCGAUCUCUACAAUAUACAGAUCAUCUUCAGGUCGGCGUUACAAGUAGUUAAAUGCUACAAUAAGAGAAAACUUGUGUUAGACCAGUGUCUGAUUGAAGAGAUGUUAAUAGAAAGCCAAAUUUAAAAACAUUUUUUUAUAAAAUUUUUUUUUUUUUUUUUUGAAAUAAAGGUUUGCAACUGUUGACAUUUCAGAAUAUUGGUAUAUACAAAGUCAAACCUAUGAGUAAAGAUGCUCAUAGGCAUGUAUGUGCAAAUGGGUGCAUACAGUUUGAAUUUGUUGAGAUUAAAAUUUUUAACCAUUAAAAAACAAAAUAAACAUAAACUGACUUAAAUAUGCUUCCAAAUUCAAAGUAGUAAUAAUAAAAGAGAUAGUAAUAUUGUUCUAAUCUACUUACAUGCCGUUACAAGGAUUGCGUUGCAACUUAGUUGUUGUCAUAUUAGUACGUCCAAAUUAUGCUAAUUGGUUUGUUGGGAUAGUGAUAGGGUAAACAGACAUGUUACGUAGGUUAAAACACAGUAAGAUUUCGAAUUUGGAAUGGAUCCUGAAGGAAGAUGCGUAUGUGAAACGGGUGAUGUUUUGUUCGAAUGGAGAAAGACAAUGCUCCAGGAGUUGCGUAUUAAUUGUAGCAAAGUAUGAAAUGUUAUUCUAGGAUCUUGUACAAAUGUGAUGGUCUAAGCUCGUAGAUGUUAUACGAUGCGGGUAGAGGUCAAAGCAUAGGAAAUGACAAAUAGGAAAUUGUUGUCAUAAAUUAAUCUAAUUUAAGAUAUGUUGUUCUCAGUAAAUUAACUGAGGGAUGUCAUAAGUAUAAUAAUAUCAUAAUAUUAUGAAGUAGUAAGUGCCAUACACUGUGAAACUAUGAAGUGUAUAGAAAUUAAAGGAAAGCUAGUUAGUUAAAUGAAAAAAAUAUUAUUAUCAAACAUCGGUUAAGAAACUUUAAAUUGAAAAAUUGAAAAAGGUAAGAAAUUGAUAAAAUUAAAGAUUAUUUUGUUUGAGCUAUUGUAUAAUGGGAUAUGUACAAAGAAAAAGAAAGAAACGUAAUAUAAAUUUUUUUUUUUUUUUUUUUUUUUUUUUUUUUUUUCAUUUAACUAACUAGCUUUCCUUUAAUUUCUAUACACUUCAUAGUUUCACAGUGUAUGGCACUUACUACUUCAUAAUAUUAUGAUAUUAUUAUACUUAUGACAUCCCUCAGUUAAUUUACUGAGAACAACAUAUCUUAAAUUAGAUUAAUUUAUGACAACAAUUUCCUAUUUGUCAUUUCCUAUGCUUUGACCU